AUGGCACCUAAACAUACCAUGAGAGCCGCUCUCCUGGCGCUUUUACUGCGUCCCACUCAAGCUCAGUUCAGUAAUUGGGCUGAUAAUCAAAUCAAUACAACAAUAUGCACCUGGUCAGAGCCGAGAGCGGCUCUUAUCCGAAAUAAAAUCUUCAUAGAUGGAGGCAAUAUCUUAUGGCUGCCGGGUUUCAAGGAUGGAUCAACCGGAAGUCCCGUAUCUAACGGGAACAUUCCGGGAUAUAUGCUCACGUAUAAUCUGAGUUAUGCAUUUACCCCAGACACCAACGUCACAGGUCUUUUGCUGCAGCAAAACAUAUCAAAAGCAUUAGGAGGGCAAGGGGUCAACGGCGACACACCAAACUACGUCGACGGCGCCCUCUUAGCUAAUGACGACGAAUUCUUCUUCUAUGGUGGCCUACCGCUUGGAAAUUCCAUACAAUAUGCAGAUCCAACCGCACAUGGCCUCUAUGUCUAUCAGGCCUACCAGUAUGGAGCUAAGAAACCUCUUUUCGAAGCAGGACUUCAUAGAUUGGACAACUUGCCAAACAGUGUGAGCCAGUUUGUCACCUACGGGGGAGACGAGAAAUGGAGCAACAAGACUACUACAGCCAAGGGCCGCGCAAAUCCUGCGCUGGUUUGGGUUCCUGUUGGCACGCAAGGCAUACUCGUCGCUCUUGGGGGUGUCGUCUUUCCAUACUAUGACAAUGCAAGUGACAGGUCUGAAAAUGCCACAGCUAGUGAAUCUCAAAGCCCAACGUUUAUGCGUGUGAUUGAUGUUUAUGACGUCGCCAGUGGUAAGUGGUAUACGCAACCAACUGCAGAUGGGCCCAGCGCCCGAGCUCUUGGAUGCGCUGUCGUGGCCACAGCAUCCGACAGCUCCAGCUAUAACAUCUAUUACUAUGGUGGUACCGAAGGUAUCAACUCCACAAAAUCAUACUACGAUGACGUCUGGGUUCUCUCUCUCCCAUCUUUUACGUGGACUCAGAUCAAUGAUGGCAAGGAUUCCCACGCGCGAGCAGGGCAUCAGUGCUUCACUCCGUACCCGGAUCAAAUGAUGAUAAUUGGUGGGGAGACGACCGCCGUAGGCUCAUCAAUAACAUGUUUGGAGGAUGGGCCUGUCGUCAUGUUCAACUUGACCAGUGGAGAAUGGAUGGACUCUUACGAUCCUACCGUAUACGGCGAGUAUGGCGUCCCUGACAAAGUUCAAGCCGUGAUUGGAGGCAAAGCAUCCGGCGGUGCAACUGCUACCCAACCGGCUGUCUCUGGCUGGGCAACUGCGGAUCUUGGAAAAGUCUUUGCUACGACCUAUGACCAAAAGAAAAUUUCAACCUACUGGCCAUACCCAGCAGCUCAGACGUCCAAUCCUCCAGCAGAAUCGCCGCAGCCGCCAACACCACCGCCCAAAUCAGGAGGGUUACCAUCGUGGGUAGGGCCAGUGCUGGGUGUCAUUUUGGGUCUCAUUGCCCUCACCUGCAUCAUUGUCUUGUUUUGUCUCUGGCGGCGACGAAAGAACCUUAAAAACCGCUCAAGCACCAACACCAGCGAGGAAGCAGGUCGGAGGAUCCUCUCGUGGAUCCGAGGACAACCUCCCAACCACAAGGCCCCGACGGAAACGACAACCGAGGACACACCAGGAAGUCCAGGAAUGCAGGAGUAUAUAUAUCCCAGUUUUACGCCGUCGAAUUCGGCAUCCGUUCCUCCUCAGGUUCACGAGGUGGCUGAUACGCAGUUGGUGGAACUUGAUGAUACGACCCGAGUUGAACUUCAAGAUACAGGGCUAUCACCGAUGGACAUCCGUGCGCGGUAUUCUCACUGGUUCCAAGGCAGGUCCGACGAUGGCUUGCCCAGCCCAACGAGAAGCUCUCUUCGGAGCACUUCUUUAAGGAGCACUUCUCAGCGGAAUACGAUUUCUCCGAUAAAGGACAGAAACAGCGUCAUAUCACAACCUGCUGGGCCGGGCGAGGCUCCUUCUCCCCCAGUACCCGAAUCCAGUGAGAAUGAUGAAAAAUCUUUGCUGCCCACCCCCGAACCGGUCGCCACCCCGGCUGGAGAGGAUAAACAGCCAUCGGAUGAGUCAGCCAGAACUUCAGAGGGCCACGAGUUUGUGGUUUCUCCUCCAACGGCGGAGGAGAACCCUGGAGACGACUACUUGACGGUGAAGAAGUCAUCUUCAAAUAGCCCGACUACUCGAAAAAGUGUGUUCCAGGAACAUCAUGAAGAUUAG